AUGAUCCCGGAACCUGUUUCCGGUGUGGUCGAUACGGUACAAAACACCGCUUCAGGUGUUGUUGAUACCGCUGCAGGCGUGGUCCCAGGACCUGUGUCCGAUGCGCUGAAUGAGGUCAAAGACGCUGCUGUAAAUAUUGGAAAUGAUGCUGUGAACAUGAUCCCACACCCUUCAGUGGUCGAUGAGGCUCUAAACGCUGCUUCUGAUCCUGUUAAUACUAUUGUCGAUGCUGCCAACAAUUAA